GCUGAUUGGAGUCCAGAUCCCGAGGAAAUCUCCAGAUCAAAUGCCCAGUAAAUAAAACACUGAGCUAAGACUUGUGGAAGAGCUGCAGAAUGGAUGGAUUUUAUGACCAGCAAGUGCCUUACAUGGUCACCAAUAAUCCGCGUGGGAGAAACUGUAAUGAGAGACCGACAAAUGUCAGGAAAAGAAAAUUCAUUAACAGAGACCUGGCUCAUGAUUCAGAAGAACUCUUUCAAGAUCUGAGCCAAUUACAAGAGACGUGGCUUGCAGAAGCUCAGGUACCUGACAAUGACGAGCAGUUUGUGCCAGACUAUCAGGCUGAAAGUUUGGCUUUUCAUGGUCUCCCUGUGAAAAUCAAGAAGGAACCCCAUAGCCCAUGUUCGGAACUUGGCUCCACUUGCAGUCAAGAGCAACCAUUCAAGUUCAGUUAUGGGGAAAAGUGCCUGUACAAUGUCAGUGCCUAUGAUCAGAAGCCACAAGUGGGAAUGAGGCCCUCCAACCCACCGACGCCAUCCAGCACUCCUGUGUCACCGCUGCACCAUGCUUCCCCAAACUCAGCUCAGACUCCUAAACCUGACCGGGUUUUCCCUACCCAUCUCCCUCCAUCCCAGUCCAUUCAAGACAACAGCUUCCCUAUGGACCACAGAUUUCGCCGCCAGCUCUCUGAACCUUGCAAUUCUUUCCCACCUUUGCCUGCAAUGCCAAGGGAAGGACGUCCAAUAUAUCAGCGCCAGAUGUCUGAGCCAAACAUCCCUUUCCCGCCUCAAGGUUUUAAGCAGGAGUACCAUGAUCCGGUGUAUGAACACAAUGCUAUGGUUGGCAGUGCAGCCAGUCAAAAUUUCCCACCUCCUCUGAUGAUUAAACAGGAACCUAGGGAUUUUGCAUAUGAUUCAGGGCAGCUUAUAGGGAAUGGAGCCUUAUUGCUCUACGGACAGUACAAAACAGAGGAGGUGGUGCCAGAGCCUGCUCUCAAUAGCUUCUGGUCACAAUAG